AUGGCCACUGCUUUUUACACUGUUGAAUGGAUUGCUCCUAUGGAACCCAACCCUAGGACAUCUCCCUUUGAUCCUGAUCUAUUGAAACUAUUAUAUGCUUAUUCUCCUCCUGCUGUCCGAUACUUCCACGUGCCCACCAUGGGUGGUAUCAGAUUGAGUUGGAAAGCAAAGGAAGAUGAGCAUGAUGCUGAACAAGUCACCCUCCGUCUUGAACAAUAUUCCUCUGCUGCCUUCCAAGCUGCUGGAUUUGAUUUAACUGCCAGGAAUUUGCUUUUCCUUAAAAACCAGAACAUACGGAACUAUAUCAUUA